UACUACAUUACCCUGCUACACCAUUCUCCAAAUAAUACACACCUCGUAAAUUUGUCAAUCGCUUUCCCAAGCACACUCGUGUCUCUCGCUCUUCUAACACCACCAACGGCGGCCAAUCGACUAGUCCUGCAACAAGACACCAUCACGACACAAUAAUCAAUCAAGCACAAUGUGUAUCAUGAGGACUUAUGAGACGCGUGGACGCACUGUCGUCGAGCCACCUCCCCGGCGCGGAAACUUCACUUCACACCCGCCAGCCGGUGUCAUGCGCUUGCCACGUGAAUGGCGCCGUACAGAGAGCAUCAGCGAUGACGGCCGCUACGUUGAGUACAGGAGAUCACGAUCACGAUCCCGGCCUCGAGUGAUCGAGUACUAUGAGGAGCCGCGCCGCAGCACCACUCGCGCCAGGAGCGUGUCGAGGCGCCGCAUCGGUGAUGUUGAGCGCAGGACGCCCAGAACAAGCUAUGUAGAUCCACGCGGCAGCUACGUCGACGAACGCAUUACCAGGAGAAGUGUCAGCCGGGUCAGGCACUGAAUGGGUCUCUUUUAAUGAAUACGAUGAAUCUCAAAAUUACAAAAGCGUCAUGGACACUAGUUUUUCUCUCUACGUCCAGGAUGCCUCCAAGAGUUUUUUCGGUUACGAACGUUAUGAUAGUCAGAUAAUGAGCAUAAAUUCCUACACAGUCUUCUUCCCAAUUUCUCUACAGCGAGGCAACCAUCCGAUGUUCGUAAUCACAAAUGACGUACGCUUGUCUGCCUGCCUG